AAGAGUAUUCCGUGUGCUCCUAAAUUGACGGACGCACAUGUAUCGCCGAAAAAAUUCCAAGAACGAAAACUGCGACUAGCUAUAGAAGUCUUCAGCAAUUCUGUCAAGACAGCUGUGGAAACUUACACUAAAGCAGGUAGCUUAAACCCACGCGAUGGCACUGUUGAGUUUAUCGACACAAUGGACAAACUUAUCGACUUGUUAAAUUCCAGCACACUUUUCUCCCCAAAACCAUACAGCCAGCCGUAUAGAGAUAACGAACUGCAGCGCAAUUUGUUGCUCAAAGCGCAAAAUUUGCUAAGUAAUCUUAAAGUGAAGCAGAAAACUACCGGCAAAGAUGUGACGACCUCAAUGACAUUCAUCGAAGCAUUUUCUGUUACAAUCAACGCCUUUAUCCAGUUAUAUCAUGAUUUGAUGAAAGAAUCGCAAAUUGAUGGAGUCUAUUUGCUAACAGGUAGACUGAAUAAUGACUGUCUAGAUACUUUUUUCAACGUAAUACGUCAAGCUGGUGGGAACUGCAGGCAACCAAAGUGUGGUCAGUUUGAACGAGCAUUCCGGAAGUGUUUCUUGUGGCAAAUAUUGAAAUUAUGUAGCGAAAGGAAUUGCGCUAACGACUUUGACAAUAUCUUAAAGCAAUUUGGUGAUUUUACACAAAGUGAAUCCAUAUUCACGACCCGUACUCCACGGACCCUUUCAACAAAGUUUGAUAUCCCUGACCACAAUAGCUAUCUGUACAUUUGUGGCUAUAUUUGGCGGCGGUGCCUAGACCGACACAAAUGUCUAGAGAUAAUUAACUAUGCGACAAGUUACACUGCCAGACCAAUAAGUAAUUUGUACUCGCGCGAAAGCGCGUUCGGCGCCUUGCGUGUUGGUUCCUCGGUACCACCUCCUGCUAAAUUCAUAAUAUAUUGUAAUGAGCUAGAAGUCCAAUUUACGCAGAAUUUCCGUUCGUUUGCUGGAAACCAAAUUUUUAAUAAAUUAUUUGGGUUGCUGAGAUCAGUGGUGUAUAAAUCACGACCAUGCACAUGUUUCCCCCUUUACUUUGUGGUCAAAUUGUUCAUCCGAAUGCGUAUACAUUACAUACUUAAGUUUAAUAAUAGAAAUCUAGAAGCAUAUAAAAAUAAAGCGUCCCGUAAAUAUUACGCAUUGCAACUCAUUUGAAACUUUAUUGCUUGUCCUAUUAUUGUACAUAAUCCAUUGACUUACAAAUAAGUGGACGACGGGUCUAAUACAAAAACCACGAAAAAAAUGCCCCAAGUCAACCUAUUCGAA